AAAUGGAAGAUAAACAAACUCUAUUAGCAGUUCUGCAAGUACUCAAAAAGUAUAACUUAAAGAGUACCGAAGACCUUUUGAAAAAAGAAGCAAAUAUACCAGAAGAUGCAUUAAACAGUGAACAUUUCAGCUCCGAUUCCGAUGUAACCAGCGUAUUAGCAGCGUACAAGAGUGAAGGUGAUCCAGAAGUUUACGAAAGUGCUUACAUUGAACUAAGAAAAUUCGUCGAAGGAUCAUUAGAUAUUUACAAACAUGAAUUAGGAAUGAUUUUGUAUCCCGUAUUAGUUCAUAUGUACUUGGAGCUCGUUUAUAAUGGGCAUUCAACGAAAGCAAUUGCGUUAAUGCAGAAAUUUGGUCCGGAACAAGAUGAAUAUUAUCAGGAUGAUAUCAAGAAAUUAAUGCAAGUAACAACAAAAGAACAUAUGAAAAGUAACGAAUUAGCGGAUACAUUUAAAUCGAAUUCAUUCGUAAUUCGAAUGUCUCGUGAUACACUGUCUUUAUUAAAACGACAUCUUCAAGAGAAACGCGCUGCUGUUAUCUUGAAUAUCGUUCAAGAACAUUUAUAUUUUGAUAUGUAUGAAGGAGUUGCACGAAAUAAAUCACAAAUUGAUGCAACAUCCGGUUCGGUAUUGGGAGAGGCAACACGUCAAGCAAACAAAACAAAAGUAUAUUAUGGAUUACCGAAAGAACCCGAUUUACAAGCUUUAAUGGCCACACCGGUUGAGGAGGAUGAAGAUGGUGAUCCUGAGACACCGGAUAAACCGAAAAAGAAGAAAAUGCGACGAGAUCCGUUAUUUUCGAAGAAAACUAAAUCAGAUCCUAAUGCUCCGCCACCGGAUCGAAUACCAUUGCCUGAUUUAAAAGAUACGGAUAAAAUGGAAAAAGUAAAAGCUUUACGUGAAGCAUCCAAACGAAUUACACUCGGACCAGAAAGUUUACCAUCAGCAUGCUUUUAUACACUCUUAAAUAGUGUACAUAGUGUGACAUGCGCAGAAAUAUCAGAAGAUUCAAGUUUAUUAGCGGUUGGAUUUAGUGAAUCAAUGAUUAAAGUAUGGACACUUGUACCACAAAAAUUGAAAGCAAUGAAAUCAGCGGAUCAAUUACAAGAUAUUGAUCGUGAAGCGGACGAUGUUCUUGUACGGAUGAUGGAUGAAAGGAAUGCUGAGAAAUGUCGAACAUUAUUCGGACAUAGUGGUCCUGUCUAUCGUCUUUCAUUCUCAAAUGAUAAGACGUUGGUGUUGUCUUGUUCAGAAGAUGGAACUAUUCGAUUAUGGAGUUUACAUACUUGGACAUGUGUGGUAUGUUACAAAGGUCAUAUUUUCCCUGUUUGGGAUGUACGAUUUUCACCGCAUGGUUAUUAUUUUGCUACUGGAUCACACGAUAAAACAGCUCGAUUGUGGGCAACAGAUCGUCAUCAACCAAUACAUAUAUUCGCUGGUCACUAUUCAGAUGUUGAUGUUGUUUUAUUUCAUCCAAAUUCGAAUUACAUUGCAACCGGUUCAAGUGAUCGUACCGUGUGCCUUUGGGAUUGUGUAAUGGGUGUACAAGUACGUUUAAUGACUGGCCAUAAAGGUUCAAUAUAUGCGUUAGCGUUUUCAAUCGAAGGGAAAUUUCUAGCAUCGGCUGGUUCUGAUAAACGUGUUUUAGUUUGGGAUUUAGCACAUGGACAUUUAGUUGCUGAACUGUGUGCGCAUACACAACCGGUGCAUUCUUUGGCAUUUAGUCGAUGUGGAAAUAUUUUAGCAUCAGGAGCAUUGGAUAGUACAUUAAAAAUGUGGGAUUUUGGAAAAUUAUUAGAAGAAACAAACAGCGAAGAUGUAAAUGUUUCACAUAAUCCAGAUGUUCGAGCGGGCGAUGGAUAUUUAUUACGAUCAUAUUCGACCAAAAAUUCACCGAUUUUGUGUUUACAUUUUACUAGACGUAAUCUUUUAUUAGCGAUUGGAAUGUAUGAACAAUCAUAACUAAGGAUAUAAUCAACUUCUCUCAACGAUGGUUUUAGAAGAUUCAGAGCAAAUAUCUUUGGAUUUAAGUGAAUUUCAGAUCAAAAUUUUCUAAUAAAGGUUAAAAAAAUAUGGCUGUAAAUAAAACUGUCGUGAUUUUUAAUAACCUAGUACAAUUUUUGCUGUCAUCUUCAGAGUGAAGUAUUACAAGGUGAAUAAGUGAAAAACUCGAUCUUCGUUAAAUGUCAGAGCUAAAUGAAAGAACGACUUUUUUAGGUGUCAUUGAAGAUCUAAGGAUCGGGCAUAGUAUAUUUUUUAUAGAGGUUCACAAAAUGCUUAUAUAUUUCGUACAUUCAUCAAUUUUCCAUCUCUCUUUUGAAAUCCAUCAUCAAAAUAACAUGCCUGGCCUCAGAACUAUUAUAAAUUAAAAAAAAAAUUUAAUAAUUAAGGACAAA